GGAGGAGCAACACUGGAAAGAGGAGAGAUACAACGUCACACUCCAGAAAUGAAACUUAAGUUAGUCAGAGUGUCAGCCACGCUGCAGUAGAGACAAGACUCUGUUUCUCUCUGAAAGAAAACUCAAACUGACUUCAUCAGGUCUUUCUCAACAACACAGCAGAGUCUCUGACAAACACUGAUAUGGCUGCUGCAAAUUAUCUGUCAUCUGAAGAUCAGUUUCUGUGCUCCAUCUGUCUGGAUGUGUUCACUGAUCCUGUCGCCAUACCAUGUGGUCACAACUUCUGCAAGAACUGCAUCACUGAUCACUGGAAUAUUAGUGACUGGUGCCAGUGUCCCGUAUGUAAAGAAGCCUUUACCAGAAGACCUGAUUUGAGGGUCAACACUUUCAUCUCUGAGAUGGUCGCUCAGUUCAGACAGUCAGCUCAACAGAAAGCCAGUAGCAGCAGCUCAGAUCAACAAGUGUCCAAACCAGGAGAAGUUCCCUGUGACGUCUGCACUGGAACCAAACUGAAGGCCCUGAAGUCCUGCCUGGUGUGUCUGGUCUCCUACUGUGAGACUCACCUGGAGCCUCAUCUGACAAUGUCAGGCCUGAAAAGACAUCAGCUGAUCGACCCUGUGGAGAACCUGGAAGGCAGGAUGUGUACGAAGCACGAUAAACCUCUGGAGCUGUUCUGUAAGACCGACCAGACAUGUGUCUGCAUGCUCUGCACUGUUUUAGACCACAAGACACAUGAUGUUGUUCCUCUGACAGAAGAAUAUGAAAGAAAGAAGGUCGAGCUGGGGAAGACAGAGGCUGAAAUUCAGAAGAUGAUCCGGAAGAGACGACUGAAGAUUCAGGAGAUCAAACACUCAGUCGACCUCAGUGAGGAAGAUGCAGACAGAGAGAUAGCAGAAGGUGUUCAGGUCUUCACUUCUCUGAAGGAGUCUGUUGAGAGAGGCCUGAAUGAGCUCAUCAACACCAUCAAAGAGAAGCAGAAAACAACAGAAAAACAGGCCGAAGCUUUCAUCAAAGAGCUGGAACAGGAAAUCUCUGAGCUGAUGAAGAGGAGCACUGAGGUGGAGCAGCUCUCACACUCUGAAGACCACCUCCAUGUUCUCCAGAGUGUCCAGUCCCUAAACAUCCAACAACCUCCACCCACCAAGGACUGGACAGAGGUCAGCGUCCGUCCAUCAUCAUAUGAGGGGACUGUGGUGAAAGCUGUGGUUCAGCUGGAGGAGACACUCGUUAAACAGAUGAAGAAGCAGCUCCCUGAGUUUGAGCUGAAGAGGGUCCAGCAGUAUGCAGUUGAUGUGACUCUUGAUCCUGAUACAGCACAUCCUGAACUCAUCCUGUCUGAUGAUGGGAAACAAGUGAAUCAUUGUGAUGUAUGGAAGACAAUUCCAAACAGCAAAAAGAGAUUUUCUUAUCGUACUAGUGUUUUAGGAAAGCAGAGUUUCUCUUCAGGCAGAUUUUACUUUGAGGUCCAAGUUAAAGAAAAACCUAAAUGGACUUUAGGAGUGGCAAGAGAGUCAAUCAACAGAAAGGGAGACAUCACACUGAGCACUGAAGAUGGUUACUGGACGAUAUGGUUGAGAAAUGGAAAUGAGUACAAAGCUUGUGCUGUCCCGCCAGUCCUUCUCUCUCUGAAGUCUCGGCCUCAGAAGGUGGGGGUGUUUGUGGAUUAUGAGGAGGGUCUGGUCUCCUUUUAUGACGUAGAUGCUGCAGCUCAUAUCUACUCCUUUACUGGCUGCUCCUUCACUGAGAAACUCUUCCCAUUCUUCCAUACUGGUAAUAAUGAAGGUGCUACAAACUCUGCCCCUCUGAUCAUCUCUCCUGUCAGAAUAAACUAAUCACUGAUCUCAUUUCAGGUAUUGAUUUAUUUUCAAUCAAGUGACCAAAUGUACAUAUUCUUAUAUUUUACAUCUUAUUUUCUACAGAAUCUGUUUCCUGUGGUGACUGAUUUACACUUUAUUCCAUUUAUUAUCAUAUGGUUAAAUGUGCAGCAAUUCUUUGCAAACUGAAUCAAACUUCACCUAUACAUAUUGGGUGUCUUUAGAAACUGAUUUCUUCUGGAAGUUAUAAUAAAUUUCUGUGGGUUUAACAGAGGUUUAAAUAAAUAUCGUCCACAUAACGUGUGUCAUGAUGCAUCAAAUUACUGCGUUGAUUAUGUAAUCAGAUACACAUUUAUUUGUAUUUUAUGUGCAGCCACAGAAAACAUAGUGCUGAAGAUUUCAUUGUGUCAUGAAGCUUGAUUUAAGAGUAAGGCCUAUUACAUCCCAUAGUGUCUACAGAACACAGUAUGUGUCAUUAUACCGGGUAUAAACAGUUAAUGGAUCUAAAAUGGAACGAAAAGUGUUUUGGACAAUUACUGGUCACUUUGGCCAUUUUUUAUUUGUUUAAUGAAUUCUGUAAGAUGGUUUAUGAAUCAAAGAAAUCUGCAAAUAUGUGAUUGUAGAAUAAAAACUGUAAAAUAAAGUAGUUGUUGAACACAA